GAAAUGACUCUAAUAUUUGUUCAAGCUAGCCAUAAUUUAAAAGAUGUCUGGAUGAAAGAAGUUAGUAAUAAAAAAGAAGAAAAAAUUAUGGUUACAGUUGUAAUUUCAAAAAUAACUUUGGAUAUCAUUAGUUUUGUUG